GGGGGAUUCGGCUAUCAGCCGCCACAAGUAAAUGAAUGUAUGGAUGGGGAAUACUGCGGUGGAUGCGACACAUAAACAACUGCGCCGAAAGAACCGGACCACUGACUUACCGGCUCAGCGGGAAAUCUCCUGGUACUCCCGAUGGCCAGUUCGCCCCUGAUAUGAACACUUAUUCUUUUCCUUUCGGCUGCUCCCUUCAGGGGUCGCCACAGCGAAUCAACCUCCUCCAUCUCACCCUGUUCUCUGUGUCCAUCUCUCUCACACCAACUAACUUCAUGUCCUCUUUCACUGCAUCCAUAAAACCUUCUCUUUGGUCUUCCUCUAGACCUCCUGCCUGGCAGUUCCAACCCCAGCACCCUUCUACCAAUAUACUCACUAUCCCUCCUCUGUACAUGACCAAACCAUCGCUGGUCUCACCACUGUCUUGUAUAUCUUUCCUUUCUUUUUUUUCUUUUUUUUUUAAACCUGGCCUGUCCAGUACCCAGGACAUGUAAUAUGAUUGACUGCAUGCCUUUUGGUGUCGGACAGAUUUGAUAUGUGCAGGACGAGUCUGGGAUACUCGGAACUGCAGUAUUUUUAUUUAUUUGUUUUAUGAUUAUGUGUUGCGGGCAGCCGGACCGGACAGGGGGACAGGGAGUGGACUGACAAGGGGAUGGGGAGUGAGCGGGGAGGAGGAAGGGAGGGGGAGUGAGAGAGAGAGAGAGAGCGAGAGAGAGAGGGAGAAAAAAGAAGAGAGAAAGAGAUCGAGAGGGAGAGAGAGUGAGAGAGAGAGAGAGAGAGCAAGGUGGACAACAGUAUAAUACAUGGGUUAGUACCAUUAAAUUGAAAUUAUAUAAAGUAGACAGAACAUACCUGAUAAGACAGAACCUAGACAACUUAAGGGUGACAUUAGUGUGUUAGUAACAGGUUAAUAACAUUAAACAGUUGAAAUUAUUUAGCGUAUACAGAACAUACUUUCAGAUACAGUUUAUAUAGUAAUUGUUAACGACCACAUCAAGAGAGUAUGUCCGGGCUUACAACAGUUAUAUCAGUUAAAUUUAAUUUAUCUUAGCGUGUUAGUGUAUGUGUGCGUGUGUGUGUGUGUGUGUGUGUGUGUGUGUGAUCGUGCAUAUCAGUGUAUAUGUGCAGGGGUUGUCAUUAGGUGUGAUUGGAAUCUGGGUGGGUGACCGUGCCAAUGUCCGGCCCGUCCCCAGCGACGGGCCGAAAAUCAUCCAGGCGCCUAAGGCGCCCAGUAGCCAUACAGGGCAGGAGAGGCCCACAGCCACCACCCCCAGGAUAGCAACGCAUCCAUCCCGCAGGGGGCCAGUCGGAGGAAUGCGGGGGGAAAGCCCCCCCCACCCAAGGUCGACCCGAGGGGGCCGACGGCGACAAGACCACGGACAGAUGCCGAACCACCCCACACCCAGGCAGGCCGCAGAGGCCCAGGGUCCCCGCACCCAGAGCCCGCCAGCGCCCAAGGGCAGGGCCAGCCCACCACCGGGGGGAGCAGAGCCCCCCCGGACCGCCCACCAGGGAGGCACGGUCAGAUACCCACCACUGCCACCCCCACCGCCCCCCAGAAGCCGACCGCACGCCCCCCAGCCCAGGGAGGGACAGGCGGAGGCCCACGUAGGGCCACCAGCCAAGGGGGCCCCCAGAGACGGAAGAGAGGCAGACUCCCGAGCCGGUCCAGACCCCCCAGGUAGAGGCAGGGCCAGUGGUCCAAGGACCCGCCGCUCCCAACCCCGCGGUGCCCCGGAGAGGGGUCCCCCAACAUCCAGGAGCAUCUGCGCCCGCCGACGACCCCCGCCGGGUAGGCAGACUGCCGCCCACCACAGCACCUUCAGGGAGGUGCGUCAUGAUGAGCCACAACCAUGCCUCCCGGACACCCCCCAGACCGAGCGCAGGGGAUCCGAUCCCCCACGUCCAGCGACGCCUCAUGGCCACCACUGCUGCCCUCACCCAGACCGCCAGUCCCAACACGGCCAGGGGGUGAGCAGGAAUCGAGCGCUCAGGAGUGCACCCACGACCACCCCCCCCACCCCAGCCCACCGAGCAUAUCUCCACCUCUCGAGCUUUUCCUCCACCUGGUCUCUGCUCUCACCACAGAUCACAAUGUCAUCUGCAAACAUCAUAGUCCAUGGAUAUUCCUGUCUAACCUCAUCUGUCAGUCUGUCCAUCACCACCGCAAACAAGAAGGGACUCAGAGCCGAACCCUGAUGUAGUCCCACCUCCACCUUGAACUUCUCUGUCACACCUACAGCACACCUCACUGCUGUCUCACAGUUGGCAUACAUGUCCUGCACCAGUCUAACAUACUUCUCUGCCACUCCUGACGCCCCUGAUAUGAACACACCUGGACAUAUAUGGUUUAUGCUGUCAUCCUUGAAUUUGUCUGGAGGAGAGGUUCAAAAUUAUUGUAUUUCCUAUGCUGAAAUGUGUAAACAAAAUGUGACAUCUGGAAUAAAAAAUCAGUUUAAUCCAUA